AAAUCUAUGGCAAAAUUCCUCAGUUUCAGACAACGCCCUGACCAGGUCAGGUGGAAAUGCAGUGAUUCUCCCUGUUGAGAGUGCGGACUCAAGUGUAAAAAGGAUAAUUAUUAGAUUGGUGGUGUAAUUAAUAGACUCUGCAGGAGAUGAGGCUGAAAACGCUCUUUGUGACGCUCUUCUGCCUCGCCCUGUUGUCCUCAUACAGUGUCUCCGGACAGAGUGAACAUGAGGAUGACGUAGAAGAGGUUGAGACCAUUGAUAGGGAUGUCCUGGAGAUUCCCGAGGAGCCACAGGCGAAUGUGUCGCAGUAUGACGAUGCUGACGAUCAGCCUGAGGACGAGGUGGACGAGAAGGACGACAGUGACUAUGACACAGCAUCGGAUCAGCCAACGCCCGAGCGCGAGGAGGACGAGCCCGAGGAUGACUUUGAGGAUCCCGUGGCCGUGGACACCACAGUCAAUGAGGAUACAGUGAAUGUGGACAAAAUCAGCCCCGUGAGCAGAAAGUCCGGAAAUUACUACCUCUACGACGAAUACCUGUCCAGCAACCUGGACAUGGAUGACACAAAUUACAAUUGGGCGGAUCCCAACAAUCGCGUGGCUCCGAGUGAGCCCAAGACUCACAGGAACGACGGGCGAGGUUAUGCGAUAUCCCCGGCUCGACUAGCUGAAAUUCGGCGACACUUCAUGUACUGGUUCUUCGAUCAGGGCGGCGACAACAACCGCGGCGACUACCAGACAGACAUCCACGCUUCCAUGCCGCAGUUGCACAAAAAUUUCAACUUUCAGCUCCCAUUCUUCGGCUUCAGGUUCAAUUACACUAGGGUCUCCAUGCAUGGUCAUCUGGAGUUCUCCGAUCCGCCGGAGCACUUCACCUACCCUCUCACGUUCCCCAUCAAGGACUGGCCACGACGCAACGAUCCCUCAUUCAUUGGGAUCUUCUUCUCCAAGUGUCGCAUCGGCAGAAUGAGGCCCACAGACUUUGACCAGCGCGUUCCCGGUGUUUACUUCAGGAUGGAACGUGAUUUGCAGACACGUACCGAUCGUUUUGGCGUUGAAGUGCGUGAGCGCGUGAUGUGGGACAUCCGCGAGGGAGUCGUGGGAUCCGAUACGUUCAUCCCCAAGCACGCUGUCAUCAUCACUUGGAAGAAUAUGUCCUUCGCUGGAGGAAUUGACAUUUCACUCCAUCGCACCAACACGUUCCAAAUGGUUCUGGCCACUGAUGAGGUGUACACAUAUGCAAUUUUCAAUUAUGCUGAGAUAAACUGGUCCUCACACACGGAAGCUGGCGGCGAUACGACUGGCGGUGAAGGUGGAGUGCCAGCCUUUAUUGGCUUCAACGCUGGGAAUGGGACUCAGGCGUACGAGUACAAGCCCUACAGUCAGGCGUCAGUGCUGCGAGACUUGACGGGACGUGGAUGGGCUAAUGGUUUUCCAGGAAGGCACAUUUUCCGCAUAGACGAGCGAAUUAUGCUGGGGACGUGCAAUAAGGAUAUUGACGCUGCCCACUUGCCCCUGGUGUUUGCACCUGAAUCAGGAAAUAUGCUGGGCGGCACCGUGGUGAACAUCACUGGACCGUGCUUCGAUGAGAACGUGAGGGUGUCCUGCCGCUUCGAUACCGAAGAGGUGAUUGGACACUUCAUCGACCGGAAUCGUGUCAUUUGCGUCCAGCCAUUCCUCCUGGCUCAAGGAUACAUUCGCUUCGAGAUCUCCGUGGGCACGGAGAAGUACAAGUGGCGUGGGCGAUACUUUGUAGAAACGCCCGCGACAGCAACUGAUAGGAUUUUCUUUGAGAGCCAAGAUGUGUAUCAAAGGGCGCCAUCCGAAGUGAAAAUUACGUGGAAUCGAUACAAUUUAACAACCAACUUGAAUGCUGGAGUUAGAAUAUCGCUCUGGGGAUACAGAGAGAGUACAAUUCGGCCACAGCUUGAGUAUAUCGACAUGAUUGAGGAGGGCAUCACAAAUCAGGGACACUACACAAUUGCACCGGGCAAUUAUCGACUGCGGAACAAUCCCAGGAAUGUCGACAUGCAAUUCGGCUUCAUCAUGAUUAACCUCACAAAUCCUGAGCACUUCUCUGGCCUGAGGAUUUCGCCGGUCUUGUGGUCUAAGCCCAUUCCUCUCGGUUGGUACUUUGGGCCUCAAUGGGAGCGAAUUCAUGGCAGAAAUUGGCCCAGAGCUCUGUGCGACAACUGGCUGAGGACUGAUCGCUUCCUGAGGAACUUCCCGUCCGAAGUCGCCGUCUGUCCCUGCCAUCUCGAUCACGCCCUCAACGACAAGGGCCGCUUCAUGCCAGACUUUGACUGUGACAAGGAUUCCAACCCGUCGUGCCUUCAUCAUCGCGGAGCCAUUCACUGCGUGCGAACUGGUCAGCCUAGUCUUCAGGGAUCGGAACAGCAGUGCUGCUACGAUCGUAAUAGCUUCCUGAUGCUGUCACAUGAUCAAAUGUGGGGUUCUCGGCCGAGAAGAACGCACAACAUUGGCCAACUGCCGUGGAAUGAAGCCAACAAGGUGCCCACACUCUCCACAUGGUUCCACGACGUCAGACCCUACUAUUCCUGCUGCUUCUGGCAAGAUGAACAGGCUGUCGGUUGUGAGACGCUGAGAUUUGAACGGCGACCUUCUCAAGAUUGUGUUGCCUAUCAAGCUCCGGCUGUUGGUGGCGUUUUUGGCGAUCCCCACAUCAUCACCUUCGACAAUGCUCACUACACCUUCAACGGCAUGGGAGAAUUCGUCCUGGCUCGCGUCAAUACUGGUCGGGAGCGUCUGGACGUCCAAGGACGAUUCGAGCAAGUUGAACCCAACGUGCACGGUCCAGUGAGGGCUACGCAACUCACUUCCGUCGCUGCCAGAGGAAAUACAACCACAGUCAUCGAGGUGAGGCUGAGACCGAAGCACGCUCAGUGGCGCUAUCGCCUGGAUGUCUUCGCGGACGGACGCAGAGUGUACUUCGAUAGGCCCAGUCUCAAGUUCCAGCACUUCCACGGUGUCACCGUCUACACGCCCUCCUACAUCCUCAACCAGUCCGAAGUGGUCAUCAUGUUCGAUUCUGGCGCAGGAGUUGAAGUGGUAGAGAAUGCGGGAUUCAUGACGUGUCGAGUAUAUCUACCAUGGACGUUCAUAAAUCGAACGAGAGGUUUACUUGGGAACUGGAGUUGGGACAUACAGGACGACUUUACGCUACCCGAUGACACCAUAGUGGGGAUUAAUUUGAAUAAUUUCGAGAGCAUCCACCGAGAGUUUGGAAUGAGAUGGGCGCUGGCGGAUAGAGAACAGCCCGGAAUAGGACAGGCGCUAUUCACGCGGGAAUUUGGUCGGACAUCGAGUUACUUCGCCAAUGCGACUUUCCUGCCCAACUUCAUACGAGAGCCCAGAGACUUCCUACCGCCCAACCGGACGCAUGAUGUGGAGCGAGCCCAUGAGCUGUGUGGUGAAAGCUAUCAGUGUCGCUUCGACUUUGGCAUGACGUUAAAUCGCGAGAUGGCUCAUUUCACCAAGAAUUACUAUGACAGUAUCGUAAAUAUUCGGGAUCAGAAUCAACGGCACAUUCUCUCGUGCGGCAUCCUGCCGACACCUCGUUUUGGCAGAAAGUCAAACUUUCAAUUCGUGCCAGGAUCGAGGGUGUCAUUCGAGUGCAAUGAGGGCUUCUUCUUGAUUGGAGACAGCCGUCGUGUAUGUCAAGCUGAUGGCAGAUGGGAUGUCCCAGUUCAUGGCUAUACCGAGUGUCUUCGCGAGGUGUUCUACACUCGUCGUACCGCUUGGAUAACAACGGGCAUUGUUCUUGCGGUUAUCGCGCCACUUUUAAUGUGCAUCGUUUGUGGCGUGUAUUGCUAUCGAAAGAAGGCCCUGAAGGAGGACCCCAACUGGAAGAUGCCCCUGCCGUCGCGCUCUGGCUCGCGGGCCACGCUGCGGAAUUUGAACAGCGACGGAAGUGACAUGGACGGCACGGAGACGCUGAAGAAGAGUCGCAGCUACGAUAAGGUGUACAGGACGCACGAACCGCUGGAGGGCAAACCGAACAUUGACUUCCCGGAGAAGAAGUGGGACCUGGAUGACGAGGACGUGACAUCAUCGGAAGGUAGUGAGUUGAGGGAUACGAAGAGAGCUAAAGAUAUACAAUACGUCUCUCAUGCAGGCGAUAGACCGAGGCAAUUAGGGCGGCGAAAUAUGCGCGCGGGCGAGGAUGAGAAUAAUGUUCAAAGCUUCCCACCGCCGCCCGUGGAGUCGCCCACGCCCAUCAGCCCUGGCUACAGUCCCACGUACAGUGGACUGGAUCGCGAUAGCAGCUUCAUGAAUGACCAGCAGUCUCCGCCGCCGCACGCGGGGCCCGUCAGGCCGCCCAGUGGAGCCAUUCGAGUCCUUCCGGGCGGCUCCACCGCCACCAGACCCGCUCCAUCGCCCCCGGAUGAGUUCCUCACCUUCUCGGGGCCGUCAUCGCCGCAGCCACCGCCCCAGGACAUCGGCCUGCCACGGGUCAACGCCAAGGCGACCGAAGUGUGAGGCUGAAGCCGCACACAAUUGAGUCGCUCCCACGCAAACCCUACUUAUAGUCCCCUCUUUUUUUACAUCUUCGCACUACUGUAGGCAUAUUCACACCCAAUUGUUAGACUUUAGGAAGGGCAACACACUCUUGUGCCAAUGAUUCAUCCCAGAGAUACCGCUACUAUUUAAGGAACCCCACUUUUCUCAAGCCCCCGAAAUGUUUUUCUAUAUGAUCGAGGUCUCGAUAUCGAGAAAAGUAAUUUCCUGAAGAGAGGCUAUACACAUAUUGUCUCUGAGUGUAAGCUCAAUAUCGAGAUGCGACACCAUAUAGUUUUGACUCUUCGUUUUGCUAAAUUCUAAGCAUUAUUCUUGGAAAAUAGAGACGCCAAUUACAUAAAAUCACCAUGACCGCAUAUUGUAACCACGAGGAGAAACCCUUUUUGUAUGUUUCACAUCGAGAGCGUCAUUUUCAACAAACAAACCUUGUCACUGAAUAAAUAGUUAAUAGUGAUACAAUGUAUUAUUCCAA